AUGGCUUUCUAUGCAGAGUCGUGGCUAACUGAGGUGUUGGUAGCCCUGUCGCUGUACUGGCAGAGGAAGGGCGUGCCCUACCUCGAGCCGCGUUUCCCCUUCGGCAAUGUCUACAACAGCUUCGUGGGAAAGACGUCCCGGCCGAUGGAACUGAAUGAAGCUUACCUGCAGUUUAAAGGCCAACGUUUCGGCGGAAUAUAUUUCUUUAACCGACCGGGUCUCGUGAUAGUGGACCCAGAUUUGAUCCGUACAAUUCUCGUCAAGGACUUCUGGACCUUCCAGCACACAGGAAUGAAGACGAACGAAAAUGAACCUCUGAACGGCCACCUUUUUCGACUUGGCGGGAACAAAUGGAGGAGGCUGCGUGUGAAGCUGACACCCACGUUCACUUCUGGCAAGAUGAAGAUGAUGUUCCAGACGCUAGCGGACUGCGGCCGCGAGAUGGGGGAGGUGCUGGAGGAGCCCGCGUCCAGAGGGCAGGUGGUCGAGAUGCGCGAGCUGAGUGCUCGCUUCACCACUGACGUCAUCGCGUCCGUCGCGUUCGGCGUCGAGGUGAACUGCCAGCGCAACCCGGAGGCGGCGUUCAGGCAGUGGGGCCGCCGCUUCUUCCAGCAAAACUUCCGCAACACGCUCAACUCCGUCCUCAUGGCCAUCAACCCCAAGCUGCUCACCCUCUUAAGGAUCAGCUAA